CAGGUUGAAGCGGCUGAUGACAUCACUGGUUCCCGGGAGCGGGGGAGCUAGAGCCAGAGCCCAAGGGAGCCCGGGCUGCUGGGGGCUGCAGACAUGGAGGGCCGGAGCGGCAGUGGCAGCGGGAGGCCGGGGACCCUGGCUGGCCUGUGCCCUCUGCCCGUGCCCCAUGGGGUUUCCCAAACUGGGGUGUCCUCCAAGCCAGGGAAACUGAGGCCCUGGGCAGAGAGGUGCUUGCCUAAGGGUACACAGAAGCCGGGCUUGGAAUCUGCAGGGCCAGUCUCAGCUCCAGGCUCUUGGCCCUGCAUGGAGCUCUGGGCAUGGGUGGACUCAAGUUUUCAGCUCCCGGCAAAGGGGAAUGCAGCUCCAGUACCCUCGGAACCAAGGUUGGCUCUGGCACCUGUGAGGCCACAAGCAGCUAUGUCACCUUCCUCAAAGGGACUGAGGCUGACUCUGGCAUCUCCCCGACCCGUCCUGGCUCCAUUGUCUACCCCUGGGGGACAGAAAACAUCUCCUGCCCGCCGCAGCUCCAGCCUGGCUCCAACAUCUGUGGGCCAGCUGGUGAUGUCUGCCUCAGCUGGGCCAAAGCCUCCCCCAGCGAUCUCAGGCUCGGUCCAGGCUCCAACCUCCCUGGGGCAGCUGGUGAUGUCUGCCUCAGCCAGGCCCGGGUCUCCCCCAGCCACCCUGGGACCCAGUCUGGCUCUGGCUUCCCAGGAUCAGAAGCAGGUGCCACCUGCCUCCAUGGGACCCAAGCCAGCACUGGCUGUCUCGGGCCUAAGCCUGGCCCUGGCUUCUGAGGAGCAGCCCCCACCACCUCCCUCCAGCCCCUCCCUGGUGCCUAGUCCGAUUCUUUCACCCUCUCAGGAACUGACCCCAGCUCCAGCAUCUAUGACAUCAGCCCCGGUCUCUGUGGGGCGGACACCUGCUAGACAGAGGGAUGCCCCAGCCCCUAGACUUCUCCCCUCUUCUCAGGGGCGUCUCCAACCUCCGGCUCAGGCAUCUGGUCCUGUGUGCUCUCCAUCGUCAACCCAAGCUCCCCCAGACCCCCGGUUCUCCCCCUCCUUCCGAGCCCGGCCUGAGGCCCCCCACAACAGUCCUGAGGAUCCCGUUCUGCCAUGGCCACCAGAGACCCUGCCCCUGGAUGUGGGCCACAGCCCUCCAGAGCCUGGCACCCACUCCCCUGGACUGCUGUCCCCCACCUUCCGGCCAGGGGGCUCCUCCGCCCAGACAGUGCCCCCAACUCUGCCCAAACCACCCCGAUCUCCCAGCCGCUCCCCCAGCCGCUCCCCCUGUGCUCCCCUAGCCCCUGAGGUGGCCCUCUCCAGGCCUGGCACCCAGGGUACAGGGUCUGGUGGGCGCCUGAGCCCCAGCCUUCAGCCUCGAGAAGCCCCAGCCCCGGUCACCACCUCUCCUCCUACAUCCACCUCAUCAUCCUCUUCUUGGUCAGCACAGCCUACCUGCAAGAGCGACCCUGGCUUCCGGAUCACUGUGGUCACGUGGAAUGUUGGCACUGCCAUGCCCCCUGACGAUGUCACGUCCCUCCUCCACCUGGGCGGCGGUGAUGACGGCGACGGUGCCGACAUGAUUGCCAUAGGGCUGCAGGAAGUGAACUCCAUGAUCAACCAGCGGCUCAAGGAUGCGCUCUUCACGGACCAGUGGAGCGAGCUCUUCAUGGACGCGCUGGGGCCCUUCAACUUCGUGCUGGUGAGCACUGUGCGGAUGCAGGGCGUCAUCCUGCUGCUGUUCUCCAAGUACUACCACUUGCCCUUCCUGCGGGACGUGCAGACCGACUGCACGCGCACCGGCCUGGGCGGCUACUGGGGUAACAAAGGCGGAGUGAGCGUGCGCCUGGCAGCCUUUGGGCACAUGCUCUGCUUCCUCAACUGCCACCUGCCAGCACACAUGGACAAGGCAGAGCAGCGCAAGGACAACUUCCAGACCAUCCUCAGCCUCCAGCAGUUCCAGGGGCCCGGCGCACACGGCAUUCUGGACCACGACCUCGUGUUCUGGUUCGGGGACCUGAACUUCCGCAUCGAGAGCUAUGACUUGCACUUUGUCAAGUUCGCCAUUGACAGCAACCAGCUCCACCAGCUCUGGGAGAAGGACCAGCUCAACAUGGCCAAGAACACCUGGCCUAUCCUGAAGGGCUUCCAGGAGGGACCCCUCAACUUUGCACCCACCUUCAAGUUUGAUGUGGGUACCAACAAAUAUGAUACCAGCGCCAAGAAGCGGAAGCCAGCCUGGACAGACCGUAUCCUGUGGAAAAUCAAGGCUCCAGGUGGGGGUCCCAGCCCUUCAGGACGGGAGAGCCACCGACUGCAGGUGACCCAACACAGCUACCGCAGCCACAUGGAGUACACAGUCAGUGACCACAAGCCCGUGGCUGCCCAGUUUGUAUUGCAGUUUGCCUUCAGGGACGACGUGCCCCUGGUGCAGUUGGAGGUGGCCGACGAGUGGGUGCGGCCGGAGCAGGCUGUGGUCAGGUACCGCAUGGAGAUGGUGUUUGCCCGCAGUUCCUGGGACUGGAUCGGCUUGUACCAGGUGGGUUUCCGCCAUUGCAAGGACUACGUGGCUUAUGUGUGGACCAAACAUGAGGAUGUGGAUGGGCACGUCUACCAGGUGACAUUCAGUGAGGAGUCGCUGCCCAAGGGCGAUGGAGACUUCAUCCUGGGCUAUUACAGUCACAACCACAGUAUCCUCAUUGGCGUCACUGAGCCCUUCCAGAUCUCACUGCCUACCUCGGAGUUGGCUAGCAGCAGCACAGACAGCUCGGGGGCCAGCUCGGAGGACGAGGACGACAGCACCCUGGAGCUGCUCGCACCCAAGUCACGCAGCCCCAGCCCUGGCAAGUCCAAGCAGCACCGCAGCCGCAGCCCAGGCCUGGCCCGCUUCCCUGGUCUUGCCCUGCGGCCCUCAUCCCAAGAACGCCGUGGUGCCAGCCGCAGCCCCUCACCUCAGAGCCGCCGUCUGCCCCGGGUGGCUCCUGAUAGGGCCAGUGAUGGUGGCAACCGGGGCAGUAGUGAGGAGGGGCCUUCCAGGCUGCCUGGCCCUUGGGCCUUCCCACCAGCUGUGCCUCGAAGCCUGGGCCUGCUGCCUGCCUUGCGUCUGGAGACCAUAGACCCUGGUGGUGGUGGUGGCAGUGGCUCUUGGGGACCUGCUCUGGAGGCCCCAGCCCCCAACAGUCUGUCUCCGAGCCCCCAGGGCCAGCAGGGGCUGGAAGAGGAAGGCCUAGGACCCUGAGGAGCAGAGUGAGGACCCACCUGCCCACUCUGCCCCAAUCUUCCACAAACCCGCCUGCCUCCCUCCCACUGCUGCUCCAGCUCAGUGUGCACGUGGGGGUAGUCAACUGGGGACCCCCAAAAGUCAGCCCCCACAUCUCAACUGUGACAAUCAGCAAAGCCCCAUCCUGGCCCCCCAUCUGGAAUGGGGGGGAACUGUGGCAGAUGUCCCAUUCUGGACAUCAUCAUUAGAAAUUAAAUUCUCCAGCCUCA